GCCAGCCGGAAAGACCUGAAAGAUGAGCCUUUGGAAAAUCCGGAAUGGGAACUGUUUACAGAUGGAUCCAGCUUUGUGGAAAACGGAACCAGAAACCAUGGUAUACACAUGAAGAUGAGAAGCUUGCUCAAUUUGUUCAGGCCCAGAAGAACGAAAAAGGAUGUCCUUACAGCGCUGCGAGGAGCAUUGCAGUGGAACCGGCCCCUGCCCUUGGAGAAUCCUGUCCAUGACAUACAGCCAGGAGAUCAAGUAUAUGUGAAGAACUGGAAUACGGAACCCUUGAAAGAAGUAUGGGACGGUCCUCACCAGGUGAUCAUGACUACCUACACGGCAGUGAAAGUCCAAGGGAUCGAAAACUGGAUUCACUACACUCGAAUCAAGAAGGUCCCGUCAAGAUGGGAAGUACAGCCUCUGUCGGCAACAAAGCUGGUGUUCAGGGCAAGGACUUAGUUCUUUUAACAUUAGUCUGUAUAAUGCAGGUGGGAGAAGCAUUUGUUAAAAUUACAGUUCCGGAGCCAGAUGUAAUGGUGCCUGAAGGUGCGGGAGUAAAUUUAACCUGUUUGUUUUCUGACAACCAGAGAGCUGGAUUAAAAGAAGUACAUGCAGCCUGGAGACAAAUCACCACAGACGAGGUAUUUACAGAAGGAAUCGUGACACUUUGGGAUAUGGAACAGCAAAGAGGUAACACCACAUUGACAAUAUCUCAUAUGCAAGCUGAUCAGGUAGGACAAUUCUCAUGCAUUGUGCGGAUUAGAGAAAGUUUUGAUUAUGGGGACAUAAAUGUAGGUAUUCUAAAAGAGAAUGGGAGAACAUGGCAGGUGACAGAAGCUGGAAAAACACAACAAGAAUUGGGACAAGAAAAUUUAAUAGUGGGAUUGGUUAGAGAUUUUGGACAAGUACAGAAUACUACGUCCAUCACUGCAUGUUUACCUUUACCUAAAGCGGCAGGAGAUCCAAUACCAUGGGGCAUCAUUCCCGUUGGGGAAAUGCCUCCAGUAACUAUAAAUGGGACAAAAAGAUGUAAUAAAGAAAUACGGAAUCAUACUAAGAUGAUAGAGGAAACCUAUACAGUUCGAGGGAAAUGGUCAACACCGGGACAAAAGAGUGAGUGCCUAAAAUUACUAAAUCCAGUUUUUACAAGAAUUGGACGGUUCAAGAAUGUAGGAUGGUGUACUUAUGACAUAAGACAAAAAAAGACAAAAACCAGUCACAGAAUUUUCUUAUGAGAUAGUAUGUCAAGAAGGGAAGGAAGAAUGGGAACAUUGGAAAACGAUUUGGGGUCCUAGUUUGUUAGAACCUUACAGUUACAUAGGACCAGUACAUUGGUGUGUCGAAUGGUCAGGCCAGAGAGAGCAAGAACAUCUAGGAGUGUUAGGAACUGAAACAGUAAGACGGGAUCGA